AUGGCGCGGUGCUCUACGUGCGAUGGUUUCUCGAGGUUCAUGGAGACGGACGAGUUCGCGGUGCCGCCACGUCCCGCGCUUGUGCACCCGGACGCCGUCGGCGUUCGCGUCCCAUCGAGCGUCUUCUCCCCCGAGGAGCCGGCGGCGUUCAGGGAACGAGAGCGGCGACACGGUGGUGAUGACAUGGCCGCGUCCCCGGGGUACUCGCCGUUCCUGCCGUCGUCCGCGCCACUCGUGGGGCGCCCGGUUUCGAUCAGCAUGCCGGCGUCGCCGACCGGCGGGUUCGACAUCUCCAGCAGGAUGGAGGAGGAGCUGCAGCGGGAGCGGGACGCCGCCGUCACGGACGCGCCGCCGCGGAUGAUGAUGCUGCCGCCGCGCGCCCCGGCGGCGUCGGCGGUCAUGGCGCUCGCGCAGCCUAGCAAGAUGGUGUUCCGGUCCCAGCCGAUCCCCGCUGCGCCAGCGGAGGGCGACGGCGCCAACCGGGGCCACGACGACUUCGCCCGGAGCGCGUCGGCGCCGUACGCGGCGGCGACGGCGCCGCCGGCUAAGGCGCGCAGGGACAGCAGGGACACCAGCUACGACUCGUUCAAGACGUGGUCGGGCAAGCUGGAGAAGCAGAUCACCACGCACCUGCUCGGCAGCAGCAGGCUGCCGCCGGCGCAGCAACAGCCGCAGCAGGGGGAGGAGCCGGAGGAAGACGACGCGGCGAGCGACCGCCGCAACUCCAGCUCCGUGCCCAGAGUGCAGCGCUUCUUCGCCGCGCUGGAAGGCCCCGAGCUCGACAAGCUGCGGGUACUACUGCCGAUGACAUCAUCAUCCAUCCGUAGUGGCUCUGAUCAUACUACUACUAGUACUAACGAGUCCAUGAGCGUUGCUCAUGCGAACGCCACGUGGCGUGCGUGUAGCCUCGCCGCCUUCCCCCGUUUAGCUGUAGCUGAUGAUGCCGAUGAAGAAGCUGACCGUGGUGCUGUUUUGUGGUACUGGUGGCAGUCCUCGGAGGAGCUGAUCCUGCCGUCCGACAAGACGUGGCCGUUCCUGCUCCGGUUCCCGGUGUCGGCGUUCGGCAUGUGCCUGGGCAUGAGCAGCCAGGCCAUCCUGUGGAAGCGGAUCGCCAUCUCGGCGUCCACGCGGUUCCUGCACAUCACCGUCAAGAUCAACCUGGUGCUGUGGUGCGUCUCCGUCGCGCUCAUGCUCGCCGUGUCCGCGCUCUACGCCUGCAAGCUCGUCUUCUACUUCGAGGCGGUGCGGCGGGAGUACUACCACCCGAUCCGCGUCAACUUCUUCUUCGCGCCGUGGAUCGCGUGCCUGUUCCUGGCGAUAGGCGUGCCGGACCUGGUGGCGUCGACGCUCCCGCACUGGCUCUGGUACGUGCUCAUGGCGCCCAUCGUGUGCCUGGAGCUCAAGAUCUACGGGCAGUGGAUCUCCGGCGGGCAGCGGCGGCUGUCCCGCGUGGCGAACCCGUCCAACCACCUCUCCAUCGUCGGCAACUUCGUCGGCGCGCUGCUGGGCGGCAUCAUGGGGCUCAAGGAGGGGCCCAUGUUCUUCUUCUCCGUGGGGCUGGCGCACUACAUCGUGCUGUUCGUGACGCUGUACCAGCGGCUGCCGACGAGCGAGACGCUGCCCCGGGACCUGCACCCGGUGUUCUUCCUGUUCGUGGCGGCGCCCAGCGUGGCGUGCCUGGCGUGGUCGCGGAUCACCGGCGAGUUCGGCUACGGCUCCCGCGUCGCCUACUUCAUCGCCAUGUUCCUGUACGCGUCGCUGGCCGUGCGCAUCAACCUGUUCCGAGGGUUCAGCUUCUCGCUGGCGUGGUGGGCCUACACGUUCCCGAUGACCAGCGCGGCCAUCGCGUCCAUCCGCUACUCGUCGGAGGUGAAGAAGAACGCGUUCACGCAGUGCAUGUGCAUCGGCCUGUCCGCGGCGGCGACGCUGGCCGUGGCGGCGCUCUUCCUCACCACGGUGCUGCACGCGGUGGUGCACCGUGACCUCUUCCCCAACGACAUCUCCAUCGCCAUCACGGAGCGCCGGCGCAGCAAGCCCCUCGUCGGGGAGAAGAUGCUGCUCCGCCUGCGCAGUGCCGGCCGCAGCAAGAAGCUGCAGCAGGCGCUCUCCACCGCCCCCUCCGACGCCGCCGACCUCGAGGCCGCGCGCGUCGCCACGACGACAUCGUACACGUAG